GGUGUUGCUCUCGAGCGCGCGAGGAAGGAAGAGAGCGAGGCGGAGAGGAGCGCGCAGAGGAGGUUUCUGCUCUCGUUGACUCCGGCGACGGCCAGUUUCAGACUCGGCGUUGCACCGUGUGCCACGCGAUCUCGAUCUCUUUCUCUUUCUUUCUUUCUUUCUAUCCUUCGCAGGCGGACGGGCCGCGAAGAUGUGAAGAUCGUCGUGUCGAUCGCGAAUUCCCUCGUCGAGUAAGAGAGCCGUCUCCUGGUCGCGAUAGAAAUGACACCGCGCGCACCGCGUAGCUGCGUGGCCGAUCGAGAGGAGGUCGUACGCGGCGAGUGCAGCCCGUGAAAGAUCGGGAUCGAGAUCGCGACAUCGCGACGCCGACGAGAAGCCUGGAAAAGUCGCGCGAUCGAUAAAGCGCGAUCGAGUGCGCGCCGAGCGUUGAAGUCUCCGCCUCGCGUCGUCGCGAACGAGCACGUGCGGUUUUUCUCUGUUGCAUUUCGUUCGUCGUCGGUAUGAUGAUCUAUCAGUCGAGUCACCAGGCGCCAACGAUGUCGUCCGCGAGGAAGACGUCGCCGAGACCGCAACAUCGCAAUUUGCAAGCGUCACCGGCUAAGUGCGCGAAGACGAAGCGGGCGAACGAUCGGGCGGUCAGCGACGAGAGAUGCAGAGGCAGAUGCAGAGUACAGUGGAGCGAGAAGCACGUGAAGGAGGGCUUGGUUCUCGUCCAGGAGGCGCAGCUCGCCAGGGUAGUGAAAACGAGACCUAUCACGGAGCAUUACGAGAUUGAUCCGAAACCGUUCGCGAGCGGUCAAUGGGCGAGAGUCUAUCGCUGCAGGUCCCGAUCGACCGGCAUACUUUACGCGGCCAAGUACUCGUCAAGAAAUCGAUUCAACGCCGACUGCAGCGCGGAACUGAGACACGAAAUUGCUCUGCUGUCCCUGUGCUCGCAAUCGCCGCGUGUCGUGAGACUGCACGAUGUCUACGAGACACCGAAGGAAAUCAUUUUGGUUAUGGAGUACGCGCCCGGAGGCGAUCUGCAGACGCUCAUCGAUGGCGAUUUGGUGCCUCUCGAAGGUGACGUCGUGCACUUUGUGCGGCAGCUAGUGGAAGGACUCGCCUACCUCCACGAGAGAAAUAUCGCCCAUUUGGAUAUCAAGCCGCAGAAUCUGGUGAUGAUGGGUUUGUUCCCCGAAUGCGACGUCAAACUAUGCGACUUCGAGAUUUCGAGAGUGAUUCUCGAGGGCACCGAGGUCCGGGAGAUCCUUGGCACGCCGGAUUACGUCGCGCCCGAAAUACUGCAUUACGAGCCGAUCACGUUGGCAGCUGAUAUGUGGUCGCUCGGUGUCACGACCUACGUUCUGCUCACGGGCUUCUCGCCUUUCGGCGGCGAAACCGACCAGGAAACCUUUCAGAACAUAUCGCUGGGAGAGGUGGACUUUCCCGAAGAGCUCUUCGAAGACAUCUCGGCGCAGGCAAAGGACUUUGUCGCGAAGCUUUUGGUGCUAGACCCGAGUGCACGAAUGACCGCGAAGCAAUGCCUGAAUCACGAUUGGUUGCGCGGCGCUCCAACGCAGGCGUCGCCGCAUCUGCGAAGAUACCUGUCGAAGUCGAGGGAGGUUCUUCUUGAGCGCGUCGUCAGCCGUGAGAACCUGAGAAGAGUGGCGCUGAUGAGCCAGACGACCAGCCAAGCGAGUCUCUGCCAAGCGGAUGUCCAGAGCGAGCAGAGCCAUCAUCAUCAGCAACAGGAUCAGGAGGGUCUGCGAGACUGUCUGCUGAGCCAGAGCGAGAUGUGUCUGAAUCACUGUCUCACGGGAAGUCGUUCGAGCCUGACGGGUAGCGAGGGAUUUCCCAGCCCGGCGGACUCCCAGGCCAGUCUGAAUUCCUCCAGAACGAGUUUGAGCUGCGCGAGUCAGAGCACCUGCUUGCUGAACCAGGAACAGACGCAGGGACUGCUGAGCAAGGCCCAGAGUCGCUCCCAGGCCAAUCUGAAUCAGGGCCUGAGCCGCGGCAUACUCUCGAGAAUACGCAGUCUGAACCGCGUUCAGUCCCAGGCGUGUCUGCUGAACGGAUCCUCAACGAUCAGCACCGAGCGAACCGGCGCUUCGAUGAGCAUUAGCAAGUCCCGCGAGAAACUGUACGGUCUGAAAUCCCUGUCCAAGUCCCAAGGCGUUCUGGACAUAUACCGAAGUCUCGAAUGCUUGAAACGGCGAAGAAAGAGCUACCAGGGUGCGAAAACCGAAGACAUGCUGCCGAUUUUCAAGCAGCUCGAUGCCGAGAUCGCAUCGUCUAGGCUCGCGGUCUCGAUGAGCAACGACGAUCGCACGAUCGAUGAUGCGAAUUCGGUGGCCGGUUUAACGUCUGAAAAAACCGAGCAGAAGAUCAAUCAAAAUACGUUAAUGAUUUUAUCGACAGAUGAGAAAAUAUCAAAAAAUUUUGUCAAUCAGAACAAUCAAGAUGACGCAAAGCGCAAAACGAUUCCGAAGAAACUCACUUCGGAAUCUGAAGAGAAUUUGGACUCCCUCAAGUCCGUCGAGUCGGACACACUGACGGAGGAUUCCGACGAGAUGCCACUGGGUCGCAACGCGGAGUCCAGUGACUUGAACAAUCGUCCCUGCAAACGUCAACCUUCCGAUGUGUCCAGUCGUUCCAACAACUCGGCGGGAUCUGACGAUAAGGAAGAUCGCUCGACGGAAUCGGAGACCGAGGAACCCAAAUACACCGUCGCGCAGCUGGUCUCGGCGUUCAACAAACACCAGGAAGUAGCUUCGAAAGCAAGUCUGAAGGCGAUAAUGACCGAGAAACGGAUCAACGAGGUGACGUUUCCGACCGGCACGAAGGCUCUACGUCUCUUCAUUCCGGACAUCAACAUCACCGAGACCAAAAUCGUUCGACGGAAGACGAGCUACAAGCCGCGAAAGAAUUGGGAAGAGCUCAGGAAACGCAACGAGAAAAACGAGGGCGUUUUGAAGAGUCUCAACAACGAUUCCGGCAACGAGGACGAGGACGACGAGGAUGAAGCGAACAAAACGAAGGAAGAACUAUCGCCUAAAGCUGAAAGAGAUUUCACAAAGAGUGACAACAACGUCGCGCAGAAGUUCGAAAUCGAUUCGAAAGAGGAAAUUGCGAAUUUGGAUCGAUGGUCGGUGUUGCGACCCGAAGAGAGCAACGGACAAUCGAUUUUUGUCGACAACGCCAACACUCAAAGCCUUGUCGACACCACAAUAGACGAGAAGUAUAAACAGUGUGUGAAGGGCGCCAUGUCCGCUAAGAUCGAAACGUUCGAAAAUAAGAACAAAAAAUCUCCGAAGCCAGAAACGCAAUUGAGGAUUGCGAUUUAUCAGAAGGAGAAAGAGAGAUUACCCAAUUACAUAUAUUCGGAUCUAACUCCGGUCGAAGACGACAGCCGCGAAGCGCCUAAAAAAACAAACGUGGCGAAUGGAAAACCGGAACCUAGAUCGUCGAAGAUCGAACGAAUCGGAUCGAAUGUCGGCGCCGAUACCGCGAACGUGAAUCUGAAAGACAUCCUGCAACGGGUGGACAGUUUUCAGAACACGCCCAAGAAGAAUUUGGAAAACCUGAGGAAGAGGACGUCGAUCACGAAGAUCAUCUUGAACGACAACCUCGUUUACGACAGCCAGGACGGUGGUUUCGGUGGCUGCAGAACGAAAAGCGAAUCGCCCACAAUCGACCAGACAGAAGACGGGGUGAAGCUGAUGGUACCGCCGCCGUCUUUCAUUCGGUCCUCGUCUCUGUCCAGCGACAGCAGCUGCCCCACGCCGUCCAGCGUGCAGUCUGACAUAAAUGUGUCGUGGGAAGACGUUCAGACUGUCUCCAGCAUGUCUCUGGAAAAGGAGGACAUGGGCAAGAAUGUCGUUCCGAAGAGGAGCGACAUUCAGCGAACGUCCAGCGAGGGAAGAAAGUGCUCGGAGGAGCGUAAGAUUUGGGGACGAAUCUGCACCGGUUCUUACACCAGAGCCAUGGAGAAGUUCAGCGGUAAAAAUAUAGACACCGCGAAGAAGUCGAUUCUCACGCAGCAAGCGGAGAAGACCAGAAGAAAGAGCAGCCCCGCAAUGCCGCAACAGUACACAUAAAUCCUUCAAAAUUUUUAGAUAAAUCGCACGUUAAAAAUAAUAAACAAAUACGUUAAACUCUAUCUUAUUAAAUGAAAAACUUGACGAUGUAGACUAAAAAGGUCUGUUUUGAUGUUCCUGAAGGAAUGUAGACUGAAAUCGCAACGCGGCCCUCUUCGGAUUACAGCGACGCGGAACCGGAAAUGCGAAGAGGAUACCGACAUGGACAUCUCUUUUUUUUUUUUUUUUCCAGCGUGUCUCGUGUCUACAGCGAGGUAAGAGAUAAAUGUUCCGUCCCCGCGACCUUGACAGGUUGACCGUGAACGAGGACCUUGGGCGAUUCACGGGCAUUAGAAACUCCGUUGUAGCACCGGAACGCACCGGGGCUUAAUGACGCGAAGACGCGUGUCAGCGAUUCCGCUGACGAGAGACCCGUCAUUAACGUCCCACUCGGUCGUGUCGGCCGGGCAUGAUCGAUGGCACCGAGCGUCAUCCCUUUGGCUUAAUCUCCAUAUUGAGUGAACACUUAUCUUUUCCGCGCGUGUAGAGAAGAGCUCCCCUAUCACUGCGCGAUGAAAAUGAUGAACGUGUUUUUUAGAAAGGCAAGGGUACAAUGUAUGAAGUAUAUAGCAAAUGUAGUUAUUUCAAGGUCUUUGACAUCUCUGUCUUGAUUAUUGUACGCGCCACGCUUUUGUUUUCAAAUUUUACAAAUUUUUAUGCGCAGAUUUCGUCAAUGCGAUGUUUGAAAGUUUCGAUAAUCUUUCAGAUUUGUGUACACGGAGGUUGUGGAUCACUUCCUCAUUUUUAUUUUUUUUGUUAUAUUAGAUGCCACACAUGUAUUUCUCUAUGUAACCUAGUAAUAAAUUGAGUUAUAAAGAACUCAAUAGCUUUUCUAUUUUCUUUAUCAUUAAUAUUUAAUGUGUUCUUAAUAUCUUUUUUAGUCAAUUUUGACGAAUACGUACGUA